GAUCCACCACAUUGAAAGGAUCAGCUUGUAAUAAUGAAACCAAUCUAUCCACAGAUCCUUCUACUUUAAAUGAACCAGUCAAAACUGUGAAAGAAUUAAUAGCUUUCUAUUAUUAUUGGAAACGAAAAAGUACAUCAGCUUGUUCUUCUUCCUCCUCCUCGUCAUCAGUAUCGAUUAGUGGUGUAGGAAGUGGUGGUGGGGGUGGUGGUGUUGGCGGUGGUUUAAGUUCAGUUGCAGAAAAUUUUGCAACUGCAGUCGUUGCAGCUGCACUGAAUACUGAUACGACUACAAACAAUAAUUGUACUACUACUUCUACUACUGCUACUGCUACACCAUCUUCAUUAGUUGGUAAUGGUAGUCAUACUACUCCUUUUGAAUCAGCGAAUAAUUUGAAUGGUAGUGCAUUUUCUACUCAAGCUCAUAUCACUUCGGUUAGUGUUAAAAAACGUAAACCAACUAAUCGUGGUUGUGUUC